AUGACAACUUACGAGACAUUACCUUUGACAAAGGUUUCUCUUUCAUCUCAUAGUGUCAGUCUCAGCAGCAGAAGGAAGAAGUCCAGACUGUGGAGUUCCGUCCUCAAGGUGAUGCCCCACAUGGCCCUGUGCAAAUUCUUUCCUCUGAUUCUUGUGGGGGCUGUGGUUUUUGCUGUGAGUGGGAUCAUUGGAGACUCUCUGUUAGAUUGCCUCCAAGACACAGACUACCCAGAGCUCCUCGACAUUGUGAAUAAAGGUCUUCCUCCCACAAAGACCCCUCGUCAUGUCGCCAUCAUCGGCGGGGGCAUCGCUGGACUGACCGCUGCCAAGUUUUUGGAAGACGCAGGACAUAAGGUGACCAUAAUAGAAGCCAGUGACCGUAUUGGAGGACGUGUGGAGACCUUCAGGAACAGAAGAGAAGGCUGGUACGCAGAAAUGGGUCCAAUGAGGAUCCCCAGCUUCCACACGAUUCUGCUUUCCUUUAUCUCCAAAUUACAAAUUCCACUGAACCCCUUCAUCCAAGAUGACCUCAACACCUACUAUUUGAUAAAUGGAAAGCUACAUAAAACCUACACUGUGGAGAACAACCCUGAUGUGCUCAACUACAGCCUGAGUGCCAGAGAGAAGUCGAAGUCUGCCGCCAAGCUCUUCAGUCUGGCACUGUGGAAGGUGAGAGAUGACCUGAAGACAAUGGGCUGCAGCGCCAUGCUGGACAAGUAUGACUCCUACACAGUGAAGGAAUAUCUGGUGAAGGAGGGCAACCUGAGUCGAGGUGCUCUGAGGAUGAUUGGAGACAUCCUGAAUGAAAACAGCCUCUUCUACAUGUCACUGAUAGAGAUGCUGUACAUACAGUCAGACAUCAAUGACGAGACUAAGUACUUUGAAGUGACAGAUGGCUUUGACCACCUCCCCAGAGCUUUCUACCAGCUGUUAAAUGCCACCAUCCUCCUCAACUCUAAGGUCAAGCUAAUAAAUCAAAAAGGGGGUGGCAAUGUGACCGUAACAUACCAAGACUGGCGUAAUUCAGGCUCCCUGACUAACCUAACAGUGGACUACGCCCUGGUCACGGCCACAGCCAAGGCCACCCUCUUCAUUGACUUCCAGCCCCCUCUAUCUGGGGACAAAAUGGAGGCUCUGCGCUCAGUUCAUUAUGCCAGCUCCACCAAGGUUGUACUCAGCUUCAAGGAGCGCUUCUGGGAGAAAGAGGGCAUCAGGGGAGGAAAGAGCAUUACAGAUCGGCCCUCUCGCCUAAUCUACUACCCCAGCCACAGCUUCCCCGGUACAGACGCAGGUGCCCUCCUGGCAUCCUACACCUGCUCCGACGACUCCACCCUCUUCCAGGGGAUGAGCGAUGACGAGGUGAUGGCUGUGGUCCUGGAGGACUUGGUGAAGAUCCACGGAGAGUACAUCAGGCCUCUGUGCACAGGGGGGCUGGUCAAGAAGUGGGGCUUGGAUCCCUACAGUCUUGGAGCCUUCGCUCUGUUCACACCCUACCAGCAGGGACAGUACACCAGAGAACUGUUCCAGAGCGAGGGACGGGUGCACUUUGCAGGCGAGCACACAGCCACACCUCAUGCAUGGAUCGAAACGGCCAUGAAGUCUGCACUCAGGGCAGCUAAAAACAUUAACAGCAUUACUGUUUAAUUUCAUGUGCAGAAAAUGUUUUUACAGGUUCACUCUGAUAUUUUCACUCCAUCAGCAUCAAGCCACUCUGAUGUCAUGUAUAUAUUUUUUGUAGUAUUGAUUUAGUACAGAUCUAUUGAUCAGCAGUACAAGGCUGAUCUGCUGCAGCUCAUAAACUCACAUUAUGAUCAGAUUCCACGAAAAUGAACAUAAACGCAAACCAAAUUAUCCCCAUUAUCAUGACAUGCAGGAGUUUUCUGAUAGUUUUUUGUAAUGUCAACGUAGUUUACUUUCCAUUAAUCAACCAGUUAGUUUUGUAAUCAUUUUAGGUCUACACUAAAUGUUUGUAAGACAAGAUGUUGGGAUUUUUUCAGAGAAUUGUUGAUAAAUAAUGAUUGAACAGAAUGUUUACUCUCUUUUAACCAGAAAUGCCAGUCAUUAAUGUAAGCUUAAUUUAAUUUCAGUUUCUUCUUGUAAAGAGAAUGAAUGAGACAAUAAAAUAUCUUGCUUUGAAUUUCUCGUUUGAGACUACCAAAUCUAAAAGAGAAACUAAGUAUGGAUACAGCUAGAAUAGUCAUGUAGCACAUUAACAAUGUCUUGACUGGAUUUAUGAUUCAUUUAAUGACAUUUUCACUU